AAAACCUGGUUGGGUUUAUUGCGCUCGGACAUCAGUGCAGAAUGAGAUCAGGAGAGAUGAUUAGUGUGUGUGCGCUGUUAGUGCUGGGCCUGAAGGCCAGUGACGCUGUGACAGUUGAUUACUUUGAUUUCGGAGCAGAAUAUUAUCAGACUUACGGCCCCUCAGGGGAAUAUCUGUUUGACUAUGAGGGGAAUGAGAUGUUCCAUGUGGAUUUGGAGUCAAAGUCAGUGGUUUGGACGCUGCCCGGGCUGGAGAAAUACACAUCAUUUGAUCCACAGGGAGGCCUGCAAAAUAUUAAUAUAGAUAAAUUUAACUUGGAUAUUAUGAUGAAAGUAUCAAACUUUACAGCGGCGACUAACAUUGCUCCUUUGGUCAGUGUCUAUACCACAAAGCCUGUCGUACUGGGAGAACCCAACAUCCUAAUCUGUUGCGUAAAGAACAUUUUUCCUCCUGUGAUGAACACAACCUGGAUUAAAAAUGGAGAAAAAAUGACAGUUGGAUUUAGUGAAACAAGCUUCCUGCCUGCACAGGACCACUCCUUUGGUAGACUUCAUUAUCUGGCAUUUUUACCAAAUGAACAUGAUAUUUACACAUGUGAAGUGGAGCACUGGGGCUUAGAGAAACCCACAAGGCGUGUCUGGAAACAUGAAGCCCCAACACCCAUCUCAGAGGCAUACCAAAAUGUGAUCUGUGCUUUAGGGCUGGCAGUUGGAAUAAUUGGGAUAAUUGCUGGAGUCAUGCUGAUCAUUAAAGGGAUGAAGCAAAGUGCUGCACAAGGGAGGAGCCAGCACUAAUCAAUAGGGGAGAUUUGGUUGCUACUGCUUUUUAUUUCCAAUAAAACUGUACAUUUUCUUCUGCACAUAAAACUCUUAUUCUGUAAAGCAGACAAUGUAGCUUGAAGCUGUGGUAGAUACUCAUACCUCUGUCUUAAUGAAUCAACAUAGUUUAUUUUAAUUAGAUUAAUUUAAUGCCACCUCCCAAUGCAACAUCAUUUUCUUUGGAAAUCCAAUAUAUUUUAAUAACUAUAUAGAAACUGUUUUUGUUUAGCUUUCAUCUGUUCAUUUAACCUCCCCAUCGCCAUCCAUUCUGAUAGGGAAGGGCCAACUGAUAGUAUCCUAAAAAUGUUUCCAUUGUUUAUAAGCAACAGGAAGUUUCUAAAAACUAAAGAGCACAAAAUGAAAUGGUCUAAUUCUUGCAAAAGUAUAUAUAUAUAUUUGUAUAGAUGUAUACUGCAUGCUUUGGGGUGUUUCUGUUUUCUUUGGUUUCUUAAAGGGGUAAGUUUAAAGGGAUACUGUCAUCUGAAAACAUGUUUUUUUAAAAAUGCAUCAGUUAACAGCAGUGCCGGGCCACGCUGGGCAGGCACCCUAGGCAGGCCAGGCAGUCGCGGCGCCUGUUUGGUGUGCGCAUGUGCAAAUUUAUGCUCAUGUGCACAUGCGGAAAAUUGCGGUCACGUGCGCAUGCGCGCAUUUGCGAUAUAGUGCGCAUGCAUGAAGUUCGCGUGCAUGCACUGAAGCGCAAAAAACGUGAAGAACGGGCAGAGAAGGGAACCAGACUUGGGGUAGGUGACGGUACGUGCCUGGCGCCCUCCCAGCUUUGCGCCCUAGGCACGUGCCUACUCUGCCUACCCCUAGUUCCGGCCCUGGUUAACAGUGCUGCUGCAGCAG